ACUGAAUGGCGAGUUAUCCCAUUAUUGAGAAAUUAAACCCAAUGCACAAGAUCCUGCAGGACGUGGGCCGCAAGUUAUUUAUCAGAGGGUGAGUCGGGUUACCAGAGCUGAAUUACCUAAAUAUAUAUGCGAACAGUAAACUUUUGAACUAGUUUUAAAUGAACCUACGAAAUAAAGUCUACGGUUCCGGAGGAAGUAUGACAAGUCUUAUACAGAGAUUCAGGAGUUCGCCCUUCACAUCUAUUAUUACAAUAUCGUGAAUUAUCGAACACCUGAUUUUCAUCAAGACUAGACCCGACACUUCAGGAAUUUCUUGCGGCCUGACUAUAAUUACAUAAUUAUUGAUUAUUUUUCUACUGAUAUUUGGUGCCUGAAAAAUAUCCAUCUCGUAUGUCGAUUUGAAGAAUUCUUUUCUGACUAAUUGGACUCUCAAGAAUACAAAAAAGACAUCAAAAAGAGCGUAAGACCAAGAGCAGAGGAAUUAUGGACGGAAUCUUACGUUUUUCCGCUAUAACGCUUGAUACGUUGCUCGCAGCGUAUUCCACGAAGUUCAUCUAUGUAUAAGCUCUGUGAGUAAGCUGUUCGAGAUAUAAGAAAAUAAUCUAAUGCAUUCUCAUUAUUCUAGAAUCGUCAUAUAUGUAAUGCAUUGAAACGAGCAUUGAAAUGAAUCAAGUAUUGAUAUGAUUUUUAUUUUCGUCAAUUGUUCAGAAAAAAGGCGCUGGACACACCGCAAUAUUUUCAGUAUGGACUAUGCGGUAAUGAACGUACGAAAAGGUAUCUCAAUUAGGCACGAGUGCACGAUUCUCGAUUAAUGAGAAUGAAUGAUAUUAUUUUCUUACCUCUAAAAAUUGUAUCGUUUUCGAUUUCCUUCUCGUUUUUUUAUUUUCACCAUUUGUUCAUACUUCCGAUUAACAAUCCGAUUUUUUUUCAAUUCCUAGGAUGAAAACGCUACUGACAAUUACUGACUCAACUACGUAGCUCAGAUUCGCGGCCUUUUGCCGUUCCAUCGGUACCAAUUUUCAUAAGUGUCUUUUUGGCGCCGAUGGUGUAGCGCUGCUGCAUCAAUUUGACCCGUGAAAAUCCAGCCAUUUACAUGGUGAAAAUUCAAUCUCAAUGGGCUAAAUAUCAAGUUACCAUAGCAACAUGCUUUUAUUGAUCAAAUUUCCUAGAUAGUAUGAGAGUUUUAUUCAGCUCGUCACAUAUAACGGCUCGCAAGUCAAGAUCUUAAUAAAGGCUUACACGAUGGACGGCUGCUUUUCUUUUAACGACAUCAAGUCCUUACAACAACUCAUUGCACCCCCCACAAACAAUGACUCCGAUUCAGAAGACGAUUUACCACAAGCUGGUGCUCGGAAAUUGGGGCCCGGAGAUAUUGGUAAAAGAGAAUCGGGGAACCUCGAACAUAGUGGGCCUCAUGCCGCGCUAAAGGGGGAAGGUGAUAAUAUCUGGCAUUCCUCAGAAGUUGCCGCAGCCCCAGCUGCCGCUGAAAUUUUCGAUCCUCGCGAAGUUCCAGAGUACGAAAUGAAGUUCAAGCAGGCUGUAUCCACGGAAGAUGUUUUUCUCGGGAUGAACGGCAAAACUCCGGGAACGGCUUCUUGUGAAUGGUUAACGGUCAUCGUGAAACUACCUGGCGAACCGCGAGAAAAGGUAGAAUUGAGCGUCGAAUCAGAGCUCAUUGACAUCCGGAGCCCAAGGUAUCGUCUACAUUUGCCAACUCCGCAUACGACUGAUCCGCACAAUUCUACCGCCAAAUGGCACACUGACUCGUCGACUCUAGAAAUAACUUUAAAACUGACCAGAGAAAUGGACCUAAUCAAUUUCUAGAGCCUACGAAUAUCUCAAGAAAUAAUCAUUUCUGUUUAUGAUAUGUGUAUAUAGUUAUGUGUAAUUAUAAUAACGCUACAAUAUUACGAAAUAAAUUAAUUUCGAUGCAAAUUAUUUACUCGAAUAAAAUACA